AAUGGCAACCGGAAAAGGUGUGCGAGUGUGAAACUUGUCCCCGAUCAGAGGGCAGGGGAGCAGUGGACAUACAGUACUGUAACUGUAAAACAUUUCAGGCCUGCUUUGUCAACUCAAACUAGGAAUGGCCCUAUGGUAAUGUGCACCGUCGGCUGUGGAAGCCAUCUAUGCCGCUGUCGUCCUGCCGUGCCUUUGUGAGUCCUGACGGGCCGAGACCUACCACCAUGGCCUCAGCGUUACCCCGCUGCACAUCUGUCAGACUCCCCGCUCUGGCCACUGUCGUCCUGCUCCUGUUGUCGGCGACCACUGUACAGUCCUCCCAAGGCGACAAGGAGCCGGUAUACCGAGACUGCGUGAAGCAAUGUGUCCGGACCAACUGCACCGGAGCUCGGCUACGGGGCUUCCAGUCUACCCAGCCGCAGUACAUGGCGCUGACAGGUUGGACAUGUCGUGACGACUGUCGCUAUCAAUGCAUGUGGACCACCGUGGGCCUUUACCAGGCUGAGGGGUACAGGGUCCCGCAGUUCCACGGCAAGUGGCCAUUUGCACGCUUCCUGUGUUUCGAGGAACCGGCGUCUGCCCUGGCCUCUCUGCUUAAUGGCCUGGCUUGCCUUCUUAUGCUGCUGCGCUAUCGGAGCACGGUGCCACGCCAGAGCCCCAUGUACCACACCAUCAACGCCUUCUCUCUGGUAUCUCUUAACGCCUGGCUGUGGUCCACAGUGUUUCACACCCGAGACACCUAUCUCACUGAGAAAAUGGACUAUUUCUGUGCAACAGCAGUCAUUCUUUACUCAAUCUACCUAUGCUGUGUGAGAACACUGGGUCUGAGGCAACCUGGGGUUUCCAGCAUGGUGGGAGCCCUGCUCAUCUUGGCCUUCACCUCGCAUGUGUCCUACUUGACCUUCGUCAGCUUCGACUACGGCUACAACAUGGCUGCAAACGCCACCAUCGGUAUGGUGAACCUCCUGUGGUGGCUGUGUUGGUGCUGGCAGAACCGGCGGACCCUGCCGUACUGGUGGAAGUGCGGCCUGGUGGUGCUGCUGCUUCACGGUCUGGCCCUGCUGGAGCUGCUGGACUUCCCCCCGCUGCUCUGGGUGUUAGAUGCUCAUGCUGUGUGGCACCUCAGCACGAUCCCAGUGCACUUCCUUUUCUACAGUUUCCUGAUAGACGACAGCCUCUACUUACUAAACACAGAGAAGAUGGGUGUCAAAGUCGAGUAGGAGGUGCUCAUCGCCUCUUCACCACGCCUGCACCCUUGCACCCCUCCAAUCAGGGCAGCUGGACACCCAAACACGGAAGUAGCUCAGCCUCCCAGAUGACAUGCAUGACACCACUAUGACUUCCAUCAAAGCCACCUUUGUUUACAUUCUUCCAGUUUAAAUUUCUUGUAUUUCAUUUUUUCUUUUUUUAAAAAUGAGAAUUAUCACCAUUGAUGCUUGUUCUACUUAACUUUGCCUUGUGCUGACGUGUGCGCUACAAGUCUUUUGUCAUCUGUCAUAACUGCAAAACAGCACGAAGGAAAAAGUUUUGUCUUCUGCCACAGCAGAACCAGUUUUUGACGCUUUCGACUACAAUGACUCGGGUGCACAUCCUGCUUCCUUUUGACUCCUGAAAUUGAUCCCCCGAGCCCAUGCUUUAACGUAACUGCUCUUGGAAGUGCAGCACGCUUAGCUCUGCACAAAUGGCAGUUUGCCGUGGCUGACAAUAGAUGGCACCAAAUCACUUGCCAGGCCAUCAUUAACCUACUGUAUGUGGUACAGCAUGUGUCAGGGUUCAUCUGUGCCAAAAGUGGACUGGCGGACACAGAGAGGUGCCCCUUGUGAAAAGGGAGGGGGCUGCCAGCGGAUUGAUCUAGAGAGAGGAGGAAGGGGGUUUAUGUUUGGAGGCCAUUCUAGCUGACUGUGUUUUUUUUUUCUCUUUUCUCACCAUCACACCUUUAUUUUUGUGCCUCUGUUGUUUCCAUUGCUGCUUUUCUUUCUUAUGUUCUUCAUUAUCAUUUUAGAUUUUUUAUUUUCAUUUUCAUCAGUUGCCUUAGUUGUUUUAAUUCCAUUGUUGUUGACCAGUUUGUGCUUUAUCUUGUUUUACUUUGAUUAUUGGAUUUUUAAUUUGGGUGGGGAUAUUCCCGAUGAUCAUAAAAUGGAAAUAUUAUUUUAAUUCACCUGGAUUGCCUUUAAGCGCGAGGGAAAGGGAAGAGAAAAAUGGUUGAGGUAGGAAUUAAAACCAUAAAGAGUUUUCUAAUAAAUUCUGGGGUUAGAGGGUGUGUGUGUGUGUGAGAAUGAAUGUCUAGGUGUUCGCUUGACACCCAGUAUUUGGAUUUGGUUGCAUUUCUUGCUGCAAUGUUCCCCAGAAUGACACACACACACACACACGCACAGCCAACUGCUUUACAGAUACCUGCCCCAUCAUAUAAAAUACUCCAUUUCCCUCCAUGUCUGCCUUACACAGUGUAUCAGAACCUGCUAGCCAAUGAGCAUGUUUCUUCUUUUUUGUAUCAAAUAAUUUUGUUUUUCCCUCUGAGCAAAACUCUUGAACUCAUACCAUGUAUGUCUUCACCCCUCAGAGUUUCCCUUCCAUAUGUGCACUUUAUGGGCGUGUGUGUACAUUUACGUGCGUUUUUGUUUGAAAUUCUGCCCAUGCCUUUGUAUUUCUGUGUGAGAAUGUGAACAAUGGCCAGUAUGUGUGUACACGUUGCCUUGACUCGACAUUGUGUUGUUUUUGCCAUCAUAAACUGAAUCACUGUGUGUGUGUGUGCGUGUGUAUGUGUGUGCGUGUGUGUGUGAGAGCUAGAUUGUGUGUGAUCCUUUUGUAAAAAAUACUGAUGUGUGCGUGUGUGUGUGUGUAUGUAUAUGUUGAAGGUUUGCUGCCUGAAUGCGUGUGAGACAACGGGUAAAUUUAGCUUUGCUGACAGCCUGUGAUGGGGGUGGGGGAAGACAGAGGACAAAACACAUGGAGAGGUUGUCAUUGGUCCGGGUGGCAAAAAGAUUCCUCAAAUCAUGCUAGAGAUAUUGGCCUCAUGAGAUAAGAAAAAAAAUUAAUAGUACAUAUUUUAUUUGAUUGGCAAAAAGUGUUUAUAUUAGUUAAUGGUUAAUAUUGGUUAAUAUUUAUUAACCACUGACAUUCAUGAAAUGGUGUUUGAGGCCCAGCUGUGACAAACAUCUAAAAAGCAAAAACAAGAAAUGACCAUUUGAACAGAAUGUCAUGUCAAUACAUCACAAAAUCAUAACUUAUUCAAAACUGCAAAUGCUUUGUCUACUGUUGAGAAAAUAAUUUGCCAAAUCAUUACAUUGGUAUCUGUUCCAAGAGGAAUUAGCAUUAAACAAACUCUGGUUUUUGCUCUGUAAAUCA